AUCCUGAAGGGUAUAAAAUGAGCAGAGUCUGGGUCACCACAGCAUCUGCCCUCUAGUGCAAAGCAAGCAUGAGUGCUAUCGUCCUGAUGUCCGUGCUUUUUGCUCUUGCGUGUGGGCAAGCAGCAUCUUUUUGUAUACCAACUGAGUAUACAAUGUACGUCGAUAGGAGAGAGUGUGCAUAUUGCCUAACCAUCAACACCACCAUCUGUGCCGGGUAUUGUAUGACAAGGGAUAUCAAUGGCAAGCUGUUUCUUCCCAAAUAUGCGCUCUCCCAGGACGUUUGUACAUACAGAGACUUCAUCUACAGAACUGUAGAAAUACCAGGAUGCCCACACCAUGUCGCUCCUUAUUUCUCCUACCCUGUUGCUGUAAGCUGCAAAUGUGGCAAGUGUAACACUGACUACAGUGACUGUAUACAUGAGUCCAUCAAGACCAACUACUGCACCAAGCCACAGAAGUCCUAUCUGGGGGCAUUUCCUGUCUAACUUUAAGAGCAAUGUCAUUUGCACUCUGGUUAAAUGUGUUUACCUGGAAUAGAAGUAAUAAAAUAUCAUUGUUUCACAAUAUGUU